AUGUCCACUACUGCUACGCCGCUCGAUACACAGGCUCUCGGAUUACUGUCGCCUCUGUACGUCAAUGCCGAUACAGCUUUGGCGUAUCGCAUCGUCGAGGCCCUGAUGAAGAUCAAAACAAAGACGCUGAUGGAGGUCGACGCCAUCAAGGUAUCGCUCAAACGUGUCUUUGAAAAGCUUGGCGAACACACCCAGACCAAGGUUGAAGAUGCACCAAAGUUUGGGAAAUAUGGCUAUGGCUACGGCUUCUUUGUCAACCUCUUGACCCCGCACGACGAAAACGCCUACGACAUCCUCGCUUGGGCUCUGGAGACCUUCACACUGGCGUCGCUUCCCCCUCCAGGAGGCGUCACCACCGCCAAGACAAAGAAGCCACUGCUCCCCAUAACAGAGUUCAAGCCUCUGACCGAGUUCAUCAACAGCCUCUCACAUCACUCUCGUGCGACACCGCCACUCAUCCGCUAUGGCGCCUGCAUCUGUUUGCACAGCGCUCUCACCAUGUGCCCCACUCUGCUGAACGACAACAAGCACCUCUACAUGUGGAUCAUCUCGGGUGCGAUGGACACGGACUAUCUUUCGGCCUUUCUGUAUCUCUCGAUGCUCGAAAAACUCAUGACGGUGAUGGAGGUCGCCAAUCCCGGCACCCCUCGGCCCUUGACAGCAGCCACCCAGAGCAGCGGCUCUCGACCAUUGACGGCCCGCUCACCUGUGCCUGGCGGCAGCGCCGUCCAGUCCAACGUAAACAUCAACAUCAACGACAGCCAUGUCUCUCUGCCCGUCUCGUCAAUUGCAACCGCAAAGGAAACUGUCCGGCAGAUGAUCAUCUCGAUGCGCAACUGGGACGAGCGGUUCGAAAACUACGACGAGCUCUUCCAGAUCGAGUCUGUUCCAACUUCGCGCAUCGGCGUUAUGAUCUCGGAUAUCCUCGAUCUCGUGGUCAAGAUGUCGCCCACACCGCUGGCCCCGAAGCUUCUCCACAAGAUGGUGAACUCGCUCGAGUAUCUGUCCAAGCCCCUGAAGCUCAAACAGCUUGAGCUUAUUCGCCUUUGGGGCAGUCGCUCGGAAGAGUUCGAUCCAUAUUUGAUACAAACCGUGAUUCCGCUCCUGAGCGAGCCUGAUGAAGAUAUCCAAAUAUCGAUCCUCAAAGUGCUACAAGCCUUGAUCCCCGGCUUUGACAGCGCCGCUCCAUCGGAACUGGCGUUCACGUGGUCGUAUCUGGUGGUUCUCAUGGAUCCAACCGUUCAGCCGGAUACCCGGUUAAUGCAGUCGGACACUCUCCCACUCCCAAACACCGAGCAGUCCCUGCUUCGAGCCACGCUUGCCUUGAUCAAAGGGUUCCCGCUCCUGAAGCUGAACCAGGACUCCAGGGAGGAGCUGCUGGACUCCAUAUCCAAACUCAUUUUCGCCCGAGACGAAUCUAUUCGCGAGAUUGUGUACGACCUCAUCAUGGACUCCAAAGAAUUUUGGAUCGAAACCGGGCAAGACAAUGAGAUCGUGGCACUGCUCAUCCUGGCUUUGGGAGACGACAGUGCCAAGUGCGCCAAGAAGGUCAUUAGCUACAUUCUGGCCUUUCUGUCUCCCGAAUACGGGAUCGUGGCCAAUCUCACCAAGCUAAGUGCCGUCAUCGGCGGCCCGCUUCUCGAAGUCAUCAAAUGCAUGGACGAGCUCGCAAAUCAGAUCGCCAAAGACCGCGUCGAGCUCCGGGAGAUUAUCGACAGCAUCAUCAGCGACGACAACGCCGACAUGAUGUGGAACUUCUUCCUCUCAGAGGUCCUCGACAACGGGCUCGUCAAGCCGGACGAGUACGAUUACUCGCGUAACUUUAUCCAGUCGCCCUUCUGGGUGGCUCUCCUGAUGACCAAGCUGGGGGUUUCACCACCCCCGCAGUCGGGCGGCGAUCUGACUUCGCGGAACGUUGUUCCCAGCACACCUGCCGGAAAGCGACGAUUCCUGAACGGCUUCCUUUCGUGUCUGCUGCCCACCUGCGGCAUCUCCGAUCCGCUUCUGAGAUACGCCGCGUGCUUCACAGUCAUCCGAUGCUGCUUCCGAUCCAAUGUCCUGGUUCCUGCGAUGAUGCGUGCCCUCCUCGAAACAGUGAGCCAGCACAUGCUUCCUCACAAGCAAUGGACUUUCCAAAUAUCCGGUCUCGAUAUCUUGCGACUCAUCAUCAGGCUGAAGCUCCAAAGCCUGAGCCCAGCUGUAUACCAGCAGUACAUCGACCACAUCUUGGACGUUGUUUACAAUACCCCGAACACCAUCCUCAAAAUCGGUGCGCUCGAGGUCAUUGAAACGAUUUUGCUGGUCUUUCCAGCCCUGGUCAACACCAAGAUUGCGGAUAUUCGAGAUAUCUGUCGAGUGCAGAUUGUGGACAAGUCCUCUGAAGUGGCUGCAUGUGCGAGCCGAAUCUACCCGCUCAUCUUCAAGUGUGUUUCCGCAACGAUCGCAGAGGAGUCAUACUUAUAUCUCAAGGAUGAAGUUGCAGUCUUGACCAAGAGUGGGCUCGAAAAGACUGGCGACCCGCUGGUCGCAGGCCUGACCAAGGAUGAAAUCGACCGUAUCACUUAUCUCAGCCUGGAGGCGUGCGGCGGAAUCCCCCACAACAGCCUGGCGCCUCUGAUUGUUCGGGACCUAAUGCCGUUCUUGAGCCACAAGAACCCUUUAUGGAGACUAGCGGCCUUCAGGAGCAUCCUCCAGCUGCUCCCCUUCCUGGACCACCUCGAAGCCCAAACGGCCCUGUGGAUUCUCUUGCCGCUCUAUGCAGACACCAACCGUCGCAUCCGGGUGGCGUUCAGCCGUUAUCUGAGCAAGCUGCCUUUCUAUCUGGAGGGCAUGUCCAUAGCCCUGGCACCGCAUCCGGACGACAGUUUCUUUGUUGCUGUUUCAAACUGGGAAGACAUUCUGCUCGAUGGAACAUUCAUCUCGGUCAACUCCAAGAAUAUGUCGGAUCUCGUCUACAGCCUGGACUCGAUGAACCCAGCGGCCGAGCAAGACGAGCUGGCAAAGGCAGACAACGGCUUCCAUAUCCCAACGAUAUCCGCCAAGCUCAUGAGCCGGAUCAAAGCGCUUGCCACCGCGAUUACGGGACAAGUCUCAACCGACAACCAAGUCAUCUACUAUCUCCAAGAGCUCCAGCGCAAGUCCCAGAAUGUCAAGGGCGUGCCUCUCCUGGUGCUUUCCGAGUUCUGCUGCCAGCACGACUCCAAAACCAACGAAAUCUCGGAUAUCCUGGUCGGGCAUUUGUGUCAAGAGAUCACCAUCGACAAUCGGAUGAUCGUCGAAGCCAGCAUGCUGGGACUCAGGAAUAUUUCAGGCAAGAUUACCGCCAUCGCUUUGAUGGUGCACUCACAUUGUUUACAGUUCUCGCCCGCGGCCUUCAAGCUGGUCUUGGCCAAACUGGCAGCACCGCCUUUGCCCAACGAGGGAGAUAUCAUCGCGCUGCUGUAUCUUGUUGAUCUCAUCGCCGAGAUUUCCGCCAACAAAGCACCGGAUCUCCUGAAACGAUAUAUCCCCAUCAUCACGAGCCAGAGACACACGACCAAGAAGCGUCUCUUUGCCAUUUAUCUCUGCGUUGAGCUUGCAAUCAUUGCAGGCGUCGAUGAAAUGGGGAAGCUUAUCGAUGCGAUCCAGGUGUUCUUCGAUUCGACCGCAAACUUUGCCAUAAAGUCCAAGAUUCUGGCCUCCCUCGGACGAUUGAUGGCGUAUGUGGGCUCCAAGCAUCCGUUCUUCAAAGAUCUACUGGCGACAGUCAAAGAGAACAUUUGUGACAAGGAUCCCGCCAUCCGUAUGAGAUCAAUCGAGAUCCUCAAAAUCUUCAUUCCGUAUCUGCAGCCAGCCGAAGCCAUGUGGUUCUGCUUCCUGUAUCUCGCAGAUCCGAAUGCAGAGGUCCGAUCGAAGGGAAGAGAGAUGAUGAUCAACGAGAACAUGCUCGAAUUUGCAUACGGAAGCUUGAAGGGACGAAAGCGGUCCGGAUCGAAGCGGAACGAGAUCCUCCAGCUAUGCAAGUUGCCUUCGAUCCAGCGACUUGGCGUCACAAUCAACACAAACGUGACUGAAGCUCAACCAUCGACCGAGAUUGUUCUGGUGGACGACCCUUUCAACAUCAAAUACUACAGCUCGGAUCGACGCAAAAAGUUCACCGAGCAGUAUAGACUCUCCGAAAAGAACUACGAGUUCGCAACCGAGCCACUUACAAAGUCGGUUAUGGAUGCGCUUCUGGAGCGCGCAGAAGCACUCAAGGCUCCGUCGCCCGAAGUUCUGGCAAAGUCGCAGUGGCUCCUUGACAUCGACACCAUUACGAUCCUGCACGAAUGCAUGAAGGCUUUUCCGCAAGUCGCCAACGACCACCUCGACUCGUACAUGAUCACAGUCGAAAGGCUGAUUUCCCCCCGCGCACGAGGAACCCCUGCCGAUGCCGCGUCAAACAUCCAAAUCGAUUCGCUGGUGCCGGCGACGCCUGCGACGGGCACCUCGACGCUGAGCAGCACUCCGAUGACCGCCAUGAACUCGGUCAAUAUCUCCGACUCGGAUAUUGAAGCCGAGAUCCACCGGAUCGAUUUGAUGUCCAACCUGCUGUUUGCCUACGAUGGUGUCGAUUCCAUGCGCAUGCAGCAGUACCUCGAGCGACUGGUCAAGCUGAUCGAGGCCUGCAAUGAAAAGUCAAACAGCCUGCGCGAGGCGCUAUAUAGCGACAUGGAAAGCACAUUCUACUUCUUCAGCGAAUAUGUAGACGUGCCGAUUGUAUCUCAGGACCAAUACGAAACACUCGAGAACCUUCGAUCCCAGAGUUUGGAAGCCACUCUCGAGAUUGUCAAGUCGGGAAACACCGAGAAGCUGAUGCAGCUGGAAGACAAGAAGAAGGACCUGAACACCAUGGUCGAGAAGAAGAGCGAGAGACUCCGGCGUCUGACGAUCGUCGGACUACACUGCACAUCUGGACUGGGUCUCUUUUAUGCGAUCACACAAACGUCGAGCGAAGACGCCCUCGUCAAGGUCAUCACCUUCCUUGCAGGCAUGCUCGACAACGAGCACAGGGGCAUCCGAAUCACCACCGUGGAGGCCAUACUCAUGAUCAUCAACCUGCAACUCGAGGCCGACUCCGAAAAAACGGGGCUGAUCACCAUGAUUCACGCCCUCGUUAAAUCGUUGGUUAAGCGACUCAAGGAGGAGCAAUACAGCCUCUACAGACGGAAAGCGGAUAUCAUCAAUCUGGUGUCGCAGCUGCUUGUUUUUGUUUCAGAUCGGUUGCUGCGAAUCGAGAUAUUGCAGCUGUUCGUCAACUUCUGGAAGGACCCGGACUCAGAAGUCAGGAUUGCGUCAAUCAACAUGGUCAAGUUCCUCGGCGAGUCUGGCAUGGCCGAAAUCGGCGAAGCCUUUGUAUCAGCCGAAAUUCAAGAUACAACCCCGCAGACACCACCCGACAUCAUGAAAGAGAUUGCAGGGCUGCUGGCCAAUCCCGAGUACGACGAAAAGAACGCCUUGCAGGACCUGCUCAAGUGGCGGUUCCAGAAUGCCACCAUCCGGCGCCGUCCAACGACAACCGUCGGUACUGCCUCGACGCGAAAUCUCAAAUCUGGCCCGCGCUGAGAGCUGGGCACACAACUUGCCACCAUGAUACGCCGCGGUGCUCAUUGUGCCGGUGGUGCUGCUGUGUUCUUCCUUGAACGGAUUCAUCACGGCCACAAUGAAACCAGGAGCGUCGCCAUGCCCUUUCCAGAAUUCGCGGCCCU